AUACUUGUCAAAUUCCGUGUGGAUAUCGGCUGCGCUGCACUGACUUCCCUCACUCAAAUAUCAUUGUAUUACGAGCCUUGACGAGUUAAAUUUUGGGUGCCGAGGCAAAUAGUUCGAGAUCUUUAAGUUAGGCGUGUUUUUCGAUCUAAGACUUGUCUCAGUAGGGGGUAGAAUACGUCACUGCUUCUGUGUUGUAGCCAUCUUCGAGCGAACUCCCGAUGGCUAUUUGUUCCAAUCGCAGUUGAUCAAUAUGGCGACGAAAGGUGGAUUAUGUUUCUUUUUCAUGGUCUUCUUCGUCUUCCUUUACCUUCUAGCUCAAGGUAAGGAGUCUUAAGUGAUUAAUUUUUGAUUUGUGCUUUCAUCAAAGGUGUGAAUCGUGGAAGUAUGAACAAAUAGAAACCCGUAGGCUUUGGUGGCGGCAUGGCGGCGGGAAUCGCUUCUGAGAAAACUUUACCGCAAACGCAACGAAUUCAUCUUCCCUUUAUAAAAUAACUUAGUUGAUAGCUUAGGUGGUUUGAUCCCUCGAAAAAUAAUAUAAAGAAUGGUUAUUUAAGCCAUUUAAUCAUUGUGUCGACUGAUCGUCACUACGAAAAUACGGAGCUAGAGUUACCACACGCAAGAGUAUCACUUAUAAUUUUACUUGUAUAGUGCUGUGAAAACACCAGCAAACGAUCUCGAUAUAAUUAGCAAAACGUAAUCUGCGAAUGAUGGAGUUGUUAGGAGUUAGGAGAUGAAGCUUUGUUACUUGACAGAAAGAAGUUUAUUUCGCGCGCUCAGAUCUUGCCAACAUGCUGGUAUAUCCCUGUGGCGUACUCUGGAUGUUAGACUUCGAUUUGAAAAUUUCUCGCAAGAUUUGCUUCGCACAUCUCAUGCCUACAGACUAGACUGCCUCCUAAUUACUUCUCUUAGUAUGGGAAAUUAUGUUUCUUAAGUGUGAAGCGAAGUUUUCUUUUCUGAAGUUUGGUAUCAUAAUAAUCGUGUUUGUUCUCACAUUUACACAUUUACAAUUUCAUUCAGAGUGAAGAAAUGCAGAAUUUCAUCAUUCCAGUAUAGUGCUUCUUUGAAUAAUAUUCUUAGACUUUGUGACUGAGAAAGUAUUUGCAAUGACUGUGUAUUUAGACUGAUAGACAUCAGGAGCGCCCAGUUUGUCGCCAGUGGGCAUUGCGAACGUGCUUUUUUUGAUUCCUUCACAUUGUUGUUGUGUUGCAAGUGAAUCCUUUUUGUUCUCUCAUCAACGGCUAAAUCUUCGUUAAACCUACUAGACAAGAGCUCUUUAUGUUUUAUUUUCAAAUUUUUUUUAAUGAAAAGCUCGUUAUUUCUUCCAAAUGUAAAACUUGUUCCUGAAUUAGCGUCACAUCUGCGUUUAAUUUCACGCAUGCAUCUCAGGAACUCAUGUAUGAAAACCACUUAGCUGUGUUCGUGUUUUAAGUAGUUCUUUCCGAAACAAAAGGAAGUUGCUGUUUAGAAUUUAAGAAUAGAUCUUUAGGCUUUGUUGGGUUUUUUGUUCUCUUAUUGUUGAACGUUGACUUCAUGAAGUUGGAGUCUAAAAAGUUGAAAAAAGUAUUUGAUAUGAGCGUGUGUAGAUUUCUGCGAGCAAUCCUCAAGAGCUUGUACUCUAUCUGAAAGUGAGAACUGGUAGAUGAUAUUGGAGAGUAUUAUCACUUCACGCUGUUGUUUCUCAACUGAUAUGACCCUUUCCUUCCCUGAGCUUCCACUGAAGGCUCCACCAAGUGAAUUUAUCAAAGAUCGCGUCAAAAAGUUGAAUUCAAGUCAGAGCUGAUGAUCUCUCUAUUCAUUGAAUCCAAAGUAAGGGAUCGUUGAAUUGAAUUAAGUAAUACGUUAUCUUUGCAUUCAUCUACUUGUCACUGAUCUCUGCUAAAAGGAAAAAAAACGUAGCAUGAAUUGUGCGUUAAGGGAAAGCCUUUAUGUGGAAAGUCAUCCAUACCAUUUCUUUUUAUUUGCCUUUGCCUCAAUCUAAAGCGCAUUACGGAUUAAUCGUUAGUUUGCUAAGCAAACAUGGAUUUGUAACGGGAUUUACCUGCUCUAUUCUAUCUAAAAAAGGUGUGGGAGCUGUUUUCUUUUCACCCUUCAAAAGAACUCUUUGUUCCUUACUGGGCAAAAGUAGAAAAAAUUUAUCCGAUUAUUUUGUUAACAAUCCCAAUUACUUUUUGUUAGAUCCAAGUGAAGUUUUCAGUUAUGCAAAUUUAUUGUUUCCAUUGUACUUUGUACACAGGGCACACAUGUUCUAUGCUUAGUACAAUUGGCAAAUUGAUUCACAGCUUUUCAACAAUUUAACUCAUAAGAAUUGGUGUAACUACUUCAGAUUUAUGUUAGAAGUCUAUUCACAGCCAGGGUAUUAUACAUUUUUCAAUUUCCACUCAAUUAUAUUCAUUUGUGGGUUGAUUGAUUUUUGAGUGUCUUAUUCCAUAACUAACCAGCUGCAGACUCUGCACAAGUUUGGUUUACUAAUUUGGCAUUACUGACUGGUCAACCAGUUAAUAAUCAUGUACUGCAGACUCCACUUUGGAUGCCUCUAUAUGUGCAAAGUAGUAACUCACUGUUAUUAAUUGAUUUAUCUUUUUACACUCAGGAAAUUAUUGUUUUGGCCAUACUUUAUUGAGACAGCAUACCAAUUGUUUCAAUCAAUUAUAUUGCCUUCGUCUCUAAUUAUUCAGUUGUAACAAGCAUGUGCUCCUCACACAUCUUUUGUUCAUUUCCACAAAAAGUAAACCACUUUCAAUCUAGUCCAGAGAAAAUGGUCAGAUGACUGGCAGAUGUUGCAUUUCUUGAAAAAUGUUGAGCAAUUACUUCAACACCUUUUUUCAAUGGCAGUUCAAGAAUAUUAUCAGUGUUAAUUAGUUUACAUUUUCUUCCAAUGUACUUUGAUCUUAACGAAUCUUUCAAUAUUAAAGAUGUUAACUCAGAUAUGGGAGACUAAAUAAUGGAGUUUUAUCAAGAUUUAUUGUACUUCUUGCCAUCACAAAAUGGAAAUAACUUCACUUUUUGGUUGGUUGGGUUAAUGUGCAAUCAGGAUAAAGCUUUGAGCUGAAGUUUAAUCAUUGAGCAAUGCACAAGUCCACCUAUUUAUCUUGAAUUCAAAUUGCAAGGUGAAUAAUAUUGAUCAAUUUUUUGUUGGGCUUCUUUUAAUCAGUGUUUGGAGUAAAAGCUUUUAGAGUAGUGCCACUUGAUCUUGGCUGCUGUUGAAGGUGACAUUGAAAUGUGCAAAUUAUGAUAUUAUAAGCAAGCCUUUUUCCUUCUUUGGGGUUUAAAUUCAUAUAUCUGUUCAUUGAUAAUGGUGUCAAGAGUAUAUACUUUGAUAGCACUUCAUGGAAUUCAAGCAAUAACAAUAUCAUAAACCUCCUGCAAAGGUUGUUUUCAAACAGUCUUACAAAGUUGCUGCUAGUAUGAAAACUCAUGCCUCUGGUCAUAUGAGGAAAUAUGUUGACUGAAAAACAAUUUAUUCUAAGCAGACAAUCUGCACUAAACAUACAUACUAUAUGCAGUAAAUGUACAAAAGAUUAAUCUUGAUGCUUUUAAGUUAUUGAUAUUUUGUUGAAGGUUGUCUCACACAAUGGAUAUUCAGAAUUUAUCUUUCUCAAUGACUGAAAUAAUGGUGGUUGUGAUUGGUAUGAGUGGAAAGUGGCUUUGUGUUUUAAAAUUUAAUGCAAUCAAACCAGUGGUCAAAAUCUUGAUUUCAAAUAUGAUGUCUGUUGAAGAGAUUUAUUCUGGUCUCCUGUAAUCUAAUGUCCUUUCUGAGACAAAAACAAGGUUUAUAGCUUAGGGCCACAUUGCUCCCAAAAUAACCAACUACCAGGUCAAAGAAGACACAAUUUGAAUGGCGUGUGAAGACAAACUUAAUUUAGGCAGUUUGCAAUAUCUGACUGUGCUAAUUAAAAUUGUAUGAUGACAAUUGGAUUCUUGGAUCUUAGCUUAUAACUCAAGUGAUCCAUAUUGGUAAAAUUUGAGUGAGGAGAACAAUGUGCUUGUUGAGUAAAAGUGGGGGGCUCUUAUUUUUUCUUUACUCUUUUCAUCUUUAAUGACAGUUCACUUAAGAUGUUUUGAUGCCUUAGGAAUUUAGGGUUAAGAAAGAAUGUUACAGUUUAGAAGCAUGCUGCUUUAGUUUGCAAUAUCACUUUCUUCAAAGUCAUGCAGUAACUGGUGAUCCUUCUACUCCAGUUGAUCUUUCAUUGACACAAUGUUCUCAGUUUAUCCAUGUAAAUUCUUACUGCAUACCAAUUUUAUACCUGUAUGUUUUAAAAGUUUGAUAUUUCUUUAAAAUAAUAUGAGAGAGCCAAUACCUUAAAAUAGAAUGAAAAUGAUCAUGAAUAGUAAACAAAAUGCCUUUUGAUAAAUAAUAUGUAAUCUUUCCUCAGUUUAGAUAGCAAGAUGGUUUGGAUAUUUCAUCAUCUUUGAAACAAAUUAAAUAAACAUAAUUAUCAGUAAAUUUUUUUCAUCCUCAGUGGUUUCCUUAGAUUUGUUGUUGGCUGGCUCUCCUCGAGUUGAAAAAAUAAGAUUACAUAAAGACUCUUAUAGGACACUAGUAAAUAGCAAGUGCCUAUUAAGUAUUAAAUUUUGUUGAUUAUUUUCUUUUCAGAAGCACUGUAUCAAUUUUUAAAGACUUUCUUUUUUUCUUUCCUGUUUGUGCUGCACUGUUAUAAAAGUUCAGCUCCAACUUUCCCUUAAGAUAAACUAGUAAACAUAAAAUCCUUCGUGAAGAGACUUGUCUCAUGAAGUAACCCCACUCUAUGAAUUCACAUCUUGGAGACAAGCAUUUUGUACUUAAUUUUCCUCUGUCUCCAUACUGUAAAAUAGGAUUAGGAAUUAUCCUGGAGUUAAUUACUUUAAAGGAUUGGAAAAAGCAACUCUUCUAGUUGUCUGCCUAAACACCUGUCAGGUUAAGGAAUAAGAACAAAAUAAGUAACUAGUGCAGUGGAAUUUUUCAGAAAAGCACAACUUGGGAAAUUGGCAAGAGAGAUCUGAUUAUAAUUAUUAAAAAGUCACAUAGAAAUUGUUAUUGUUUUAAAGUAAAGGCUAGUUUGUUUGUCGGUGUGUCUCUUACUAUUGUAUUUUAAUUGUUAUUAUUUUUGUUUGAAGCCCUAAGUCUAAGGUGCAGAUGUAGUACACAUAGCUGCCCUGGUGACCAUGACAAUGAAACUUGCACAACUGAGGGAAAGUGCUACAAGAAGGUGGAACCUGGUGUUGAUGACAGUUAUGAGCUCAUCACUUAUGGCUGCCUACCACCUGAUGAAAAGACCAGCAUGCAAUGCAACACACCAGAUCAUGUUCACAAGAAGCAACUGUCUAUGGAGUGCUGUCAAGAUGGCGACAUGUGUAACACGUUAUUAAAGCCCACUUUGCCAACAACUCCUAGUCCUACCACAGGUAAGGUUCUUCCAAAGCUUUAUUAUGCGCUUAUGAAGUUGACCCUUAUUAGUUUGUUCAGAUAGAAUAACACAAAAUGAAAUUGGAAGUCAGAAAGGAAUGAUGAUGGUUAUGAAUGGGAAGACUGUUAUAGAGUGCAAAGUUUUCAACAUGCUCCUGCUCUGUUGUAGCCUCUUUAAUUCAACACAUGAACUAUGAUUUUGCCCUUGGUAGCAUUGGGUGACUAUGCUUAUUGCUUUUUUCUUUUGGAAAGAAUGCUAGCUUCUAAUUACAUGUUUUGUGGGACCCAUUUAUAAGUCUAUUUAGAGAAAGUGAGCAUGAGAUCUGAGUGUCUCCCCUAAAGUGAAAAAUGAUUGAGGUAAAUGGCAUUUUACCAUCAAGAAUGGUACUGCCUUAGAAUUUGUUAAGCAGGUAUCUGAGUUAAGAAAUUGACAUCUCAAAGAGAGUAAAAAAUAGAUCUUUGGUUCUAGUACUCUCUUUCAAAUGUGUGGGUUUCUUACUGUUGCCACUUUCUAGUGAAAAUAGCAAAAGCAUUCUAAUAAUUAUUUAUGAAAAAAAUUGAAAAAAUGUUUGUUACUUGUGCCUCUCAAGUUUAAAUAUCAGUUUUAACUAAUGAAAGGUUGCUAAUAAUACAAGUAAGUUCACUCAUGGAAUUUGAGUGGAACACAUUCAUCAUAUUCUCUCUUAGCCACUUAGGUAGUUAAGUACCAGUAAUUUACUAGCAUGCGAACUCUUUUACAAUCUUUUAUUAAAAGUGUCUUAUGAUGUCAAUGGCGGGUGCAAUAUUUUACAGAUAAGGGAUAUUGUUUGACUUUCAACUACUAAUGGAUUUUCUAGUGAUGAUAUGAAAUCAUGCUAGCACAAUUUUUGUUUAUGGGGUUUCCAAUGGGGUAAGUGUUAACUUCAACAAUGCUUUCAUCCUGGUGGAGACUCUUGUUGUAACAUCUGACUUUCACUCUUCACUAUACAACUACCCAUAAAAUAAGACCAACUGAUAGAGCUCAAUACACCCCAUCUGAAUGAGGAGGACGUGUCCAGUUUCACCUUUGGUAAAAUAUCACUUCCACUUUGUUAUACUGCUGCUAUAGAUGUAUGUAACCAUAAGUUAACUGUGCCUUGAGCAAAUUUUGAGAGCAGUUCCUGCUUUAAAAAUUCAUAAUUCUUUCUACUACAUUAUUAUUUUCAUAGAACCUCAUAACCAGAUAACUUUUUUUCUUCAAGGUUCCUCUUCUCACAUGUAUGUAUAAUAAAUCAUAGUUCAUUGUCAUCUUAAGGUUACUUCCCACCUUUAGAGGCUGAAAAAAUUGAUUUUUCUUUUAUUUGACUCAACUUAAUUCAAACAUUUAACUUAACAUUUUCAUUAAAAAAAAUUUUCUGAAAUCUUUCAAAGCACCCGAAUUAUUAAGAAAAACAUAUUUCAAAUUAAUAAACCAGGAAGGUGUCAUAAUCUCCUGGGACAAUUCCCUAGGGAAAUUUUCGUGGCAACUGCUCAUUAUUAUUGGAGCUCAUUUUUCAUGUUAUUUCCAUUACACACUUGACAAAAUACACAUGUGGAAGCUCUUUGACUAUGGAAUAAUCUUUGCUCAUUGAAAAUCAAACAUAGGCAUGCUAUGUUUGCAAGAGUUAUUUUUUGGGGGUAGGUGGUUUUCUUGAAACUUUGUAAAUGAUGUCUACAUUGUUAUAAAAGGAAAGAAGAUUAUUAACACAGAAAAGAACGAAAAUGUCGAAUUAACCCACUGCAGACUGCAGAGUGGGUACAAAAUGUUGACUGAGAAUCUAAGGAUAUUUUUGUCUGGUAUGUGAUAACAUAACAUGUAAUCUUCCAAUUUCCUGAGUGUCACGCAAUUGCUUUUCCACAAUCUGCUUUCAGGAUUAUUUACACUAGUUUGGAAUAUUCCUGGCCCAUUUCUUGAUGAAAAUCGAUCAUAAUAUAAUUUCAAGCCUUGAUGUAUUCUUCUCACUUUGUGUGCGAGUAGGUUGGUGUGAUUUCUGUACAGAUUUUACCAACGUAAUAAAAGUAGAUGAAAAUGUAGAUGUAAAUGAGAUGUCACUAUUGAAUAUAUAACAUGUGCAACAUUUGAGAAACAAUUGUCAGCUUUUUACAUGGUCCAUAUUGUCAUCUUUUUGAGCAGUUUAUUUUGUUGACAAAAUUGGGGACCAAGACCAAUCCAAUCCAGAAAAAUAUAAUCAGCACACUCAACAAAUCAUGAAUCUUGCAACACAGCUUGCCGUUAAAGAACUGCUCCAAUUAAAAAAAAAUACAACCUCUUAUUGCUGCGAGAUACAUACCCUAAUGUGGUGAUCUGAUUGGUGCGAGAUACAUACCCUAAAUGAUCUGAUUGGUGCAAACAACAUACUACUCUCUGUGUGCUAAAAUAAAUGUUAUUUUUUUUUAAUUAAAAAAAAUAACUAAAAAAUGGUAGAAAGUCCUCAGGUAAAAAAAAGGAAGUAAAAACAGCCCCAAAGAAGAAAGAAAGAGUACCAUUCUGUAAAGAUGAGGGAAAAAAUCAGAAAAAAGAAAGUUGCCAGAUUUUAUCCCUGUUUUCUGUGGUUUAUACCGAUCUACAGUGACGUUUCUUUGUUCACCACAGGUGAGACUGUAGAGGAGGAGUUUGAAGAUGGUGUAACGGAGCAGUACUCCAUCCUCUUCAUCAGUGCUGGAGUUUGCGUUGUGGUGUUCAUAAUCUUCCUCAGCGUUCUUUGCUAUCGGUUAGUACAUAGUGUAAGUGAAGUAAUACCGUUCUCUCUCUCGAAGAAUUCAUAUUCCAUGUUUUCUUUAAGUAAUGUGUAGAUAUCGAUUGGAUGCUUUAACAUCCCCCCCCCCAGUAACUCCUGAGAAUUUGAAUUUUUGAAGAUUGGUUUGUUCAACUUCCCAACCCCCAGGCCAAAAUUAUGUUCAAAUGCCCCAACUAAGUGUGAGAUUUGAUUCGCAAUGUUUUUUUGUGAAAGGCAAAAGUGACUGACUUUCUUCAAGUAUCCUAGACCUUACAGACCUUUUCUUACCAAAGUAAACUCUUUACCUCUAACCCACCUGGAUCUAACACUUGUAUCUGACUGCAAAAACCUAACACUUCUGGUUCAAAUUUCCCUUGUCCAGCCAGGUAAGGUUUAAAUUUCUCCUUUUCCCCCUCUCCUUGUUUGUGUUUUGUAGGUUCAGAGUGGUGCAUAGCAGAGUUCCAUCACCUCUAGAUGUGGAGAAGUAUGGGAAUCCAUACAUAAUGCCAGGCGAAACCCUGAAAGAUAUGCUGGAUCAGAGCUCUGGCAGUGGCUCGGGAUUACCACUUUUGGUAAGCAAGACAUGUUUUAGUAACACACCAAAUUACAGGUGUUCUAUGCAAAAUUUUAAGUUCUGACUUCUAAGAGAACAACAAUGUCAAUAAAAAUGGAAACAUUUUUGUCACAUGUGUGGAACAAGGGUAAUCUGGGUUCAAACCUGUUCUAAUUUCACAAUCAGAAGCUCUUUCAUCUGAGUUUCAGAAAAGUCACCAGUCAGGUAGGCCAUACUCAGGGUUUAUACAUUUAUGUGAUAAGUGCCCUGGAAACUGCAAAGUCUGUCAUCAGCAAAGUGGAGGGCAUUCCUCAGGCAAACCCCCAUAGUGUACUGAGGUCUUCUGUAUGAUUAAUUAUGGCAGGUACAACGAACAAUAGCUAAGCAAGUGACACUAAUCAGAAGUGUUGGCAAAGGAAGGUAUGGAGAAGUGUGGCAGGCCAGGUGGAGAGGUGAAGAUGUGGCUGUCAAAAUAUUCCUUUCACAUUGUGAAUCCUCGUGGCAGAGGGAAACAGAAAUCUACCAAACUGUUCUACUUCGCCAUGAAAGCAUUCUUGGAUUCAUAGCAUCAGACAUUAUUGGAAGCAACCAGGUGACUCAGAUGUACCUGAUCUCAGAUUACCACCCUUAUGGUUCACUCUAUGAUUUCUUAAGGGGGCACUGCCUCAACAAGAAGACCAUGCUCAAGCUUGCAUUGUCAGCCUCAGCAGGAUUAACUCAUCUUCACACUGAAAUUCAGGGAACUAAGGGCAAACCUCCAAUUGCUCAUCGAGAUAUCAAGAGUAAAAACAUACUAGUGAAGGAAAACCUAACCUGCUGCAUUGCAGACUUUGGCCUUGCAGUUAAAUACUCAACUGACACUGAAGAAAUUGACAUCAAGCCAGAUACAAGAGUUGGAACAAGGAGAUAUAUGGCUCCAGAGGUGUUAGAAAAUAACCUGGAUUCUAGAAAUUUUGCAGCAUUUAAGAUGGCAGAUAUUUACUCUUUUGCUCUUGUUUUGUGGGAGAUUGCAAGAAGAUGUAUAUCUGAUGGUAAGUGUAUUUGUUAGCCCAUUCAAAUAUGCUGCGCUUGAUACCAAUUAAAGCAGUGAAUCAACAGAUAUGUAAUAACUGUAAUCUUUAAUUAUGGUGGAUGACUCAAUGUAUGAAACAGUGUAUGAUAAUUUUAUAUAUGGUUGCAGAAUCAAGCGGUGUUUAGUAGACAUGUUAACUUCUUGAAAUUUUAAAUCUAGAGAUGUUUGAUUUUGUAUGACGUCCCCUGAUAGCUUCCUCCCCCCAAAAUUUGUUCAUUCACUACCUUUUCAUUCCAGCCUUUCUUCCUUAGAAAUAAAAAAUCACUAAGUUGGAAAUCAUUUGCAAAGGAAAAAAGUCACUGGAAGUCUAUCAUGUUUAGAGUAGCUCAACUAUCACUGUUCUUACCAAAGGUAGAUAACAAUAGGUAGUUGGGUGGUAGUGAACAGGACUAUAGGCUGCAAAUUAUGUCCUUUUUUUUAAUUUUGAUUCCUAUCAGAAACUGGAAUGUGUGAAGACUACCAAGUUCCAUACUUUGACAUGUUACCUGGUGAUCCAUCUUUUGAUGAAGUGAAGAAAGUUGUGGUGACAGAAAAGAGGCGUCCUUUAGUUCCCAACAGAUGGUACAGAGAUGAGGUUAGUGGGACAUUUUGAAGCUUAGGUGGUAGUGAUACUGCAACUUGUCAGGAAGGGACAUUGUCAGGAAGGGUCAGGCAUUUAUGCAGUGUUAGUAGGGGUAGUCAGUUGAUUAGCUGACUAGUCUUCCAGGAACAAGGAAAGGGAGUUAGCCUCAACUUGUGCAACGUCCAGUGUCAUUGGAACAACUCAAACCAUUUCAAUUACAAGAUUCUUCCAAGGUUAUAAGGAAAGUUCUUGCUUUAAAUAAUACCUAGAGCAGACCACUUUGCAACUAUGUUGAAUAAUCAAAGAAGAUGUUUACUGUUGAUGCCAAAUGAGCUCUGUGAUUUUUUCUUAUUAAGCUUGUCUGUACAAGUAGUACUCAUCAUGCUAUGUAAACAUCUGACAGUAGUUUGAUGAUUAAUUGAUAUUUCUUUUUUUCUAACAGUCACUCCAAACAUUGGCAAAGCUGAUGACUGAGUGUUGGGCGAGCCACCCUACUGCCCGUUUGACAGCUUUAAGAGUGCAGAAAACAUUGAACAAACUCAAGAAGUCAAUGGAUUUUAUAGAAAAACCUUAUAAACACGAUGAUGAUAGCCCUCGCACAAGUGUUACAACAGCAUAAAGAGCCAAAUACUUGUGAAGUGGUUGAAUCCACACUCCAUCAUUGGAAAGAAAAUCAGGAGAUUACUAAACCUAUCCAGCCAAUCUCCAGGCUAUCUCCAGUCAUAAGAAAAAGAAUCAAAUCAAUUUGGAGAAAAUUUUCAGAGACUCUAAAAUGACACAAACUGUCAAUAGUGUUAGACAUGCUCAAAAACUGUGCAAGACUAUAAUACCUCUCAUACAAAAGGGUAUUGGACCAAGUAAAAUGUAAUUAGCUGCAGUUAGAUAUUAUUGUAGACUAGAGUUUGGUUUCAGUUCCAAAAUUGAAUUCAUAUAUACAGAAUGCUAGAAAAUUCAAGCAAAAAUACCAGUAUACAAAUAACAGGUUGGAACUUGAUAUAUUCACAUAUUUUAAACUACUGGUAAUUUUACCCAUGUAGAAAAUAUACAUAAGUUUAUUAAUUAAAAGCAUGAUGUACUGCACAGCCAUUAUCAAUGUGAUUAUUUGUGUGCUUCACU